AUGGCGAAACCGAGAGUUAUUUAUUGGUUCAGAACAGACUUGCGACUUCACGAUUCGCCUGCAUUGAAAGCAGCAUUGGAUCUCAAUGCUGAGGCUUUUUGGCCAGUCUGGACCUGGGAUCCUCACUAUGUGUAUAGAGCACGUGUUGGCCCGAACAGAUGGCAGUUUCUGAUCGACUGCCAGAACGACCUUUCCAAAUCCAUCACAAGGAUCAACAAAAAGUCUAGGUUGUUUCUUCUAAGAGAAGCUCCACAGACGCUGUUCCCGAAGCUCUUCAAGGCUUGGAAGAUUACACACUUGGUCUUUGAGAAAGACACUGAUGCCUAUGCUCGAGAUCGAGAUGCAGCAAUUAUGGACGCAGCCAAGGAGGCUGGAGUGGAAGUUAUAGUUCGAUCUGGCAGGACACUUUGGGAUAGCGACGAACUAGUCAAGAAUAACCACGGAAAACCAACGAUGAGUAUAAGCCAAGUCCAAACAGCAGGACCAAAAGUAGGCCCUAUACCACGGCCCAUACCUGCCCCAAAAUCUAUACCCAAUCCAGGAGAGACGAGUCUGGAGUUCGAGCAAGAUCACCCCCAACAAGCUCCAGAUCUGAAUAGUAAAUUCAGGAGCUAUAAUGACAAAUCAUAUGACCAAAUUUCUGGACCCAAAGGAGACUUCGCGGUGCCAACCUUGGAGGAAUUAGGCUUUCCGACAGCUACUACACCACAUCGCGGCGGCGAGACAGAAGGGCUGAAAGCGCUUGACGGCAUAAUAGCAAACAAAACGUACACCGCUACAUUCGAGAAGCCCAACACUGCGCCAACUGCCUUCUCGCCACAAUCAACCACCCUCUUAUCUCCGCACCUCCACUUUGGCAGUCUCAGCAUUCGAGAAUUCUACUGGCGCGUUCAAGAUGUGGUAGAUAGUUAUUCUGGAAAGUCAUCUCAACCUCCUGUUUCUUUAACAGGACAACUUCUCUUCCGCGAUAUGUAUUUUGGCGCUCAAGCGGCACUGGGCUAUUCUUUCGGCCAAACGAUGUACAAUUCUCACUGUCGAUUCAUCCCUUGGCACCUACCCAGCAAAGUCGACCAUGACACUAAACUCAUCACGGGAGAAUACCACAUUGAUUCUCCACAAGCAGAAGAGUGGUUCCAACGGUGGAAGAACGGCAUGACUGGGUUCCCGUGGAUCGACGCUCUGAUGCGACAGCUUCGCCAGGAAGGGUGGAUCCAUCACCUAGGAAGACAUGCCGUGGCGUGUUUUCUUACCCGCGGUGGUUGCUAUAUCUCUUGGGAGCGAGGCGCCGAGGUCUUUGAAGAGCUGCUGCUUGACCAUGAAACGGCUUGCAAUGCCGGUAAUUGGCAAUGGCUAUCCUGCACCGCAUUCUUCGCGCAGUUCUACAGAUGCUACUCGCCUAUAGCGUUUCCACAAAAGUGGGAUAAAGAAGGUAACUUUGUACGGAAAUACGUACCUGAGCUCGCGAAAUUGGAUAAGAAGUACAUUUACGAGCCAUGGAAGGCCCCAAUUGCAGAUCAGAAGAAAGCGGGGGUGAGCGUAAAAGGCGAUGGGAAAGUUAUGGAGAAGGGCGUGUACCCGAAGCCGAUGUUCGAUUUUGCGGAGAGGAGGACGAUUUGUUUGGAUGGGAUGAAGAAUGCUUAUCAUGUUGGUCUUUACGGAGAUCACCCAAAAGUUGUGGAUGGGACAUGGAGAUCGCUAUUUGCUGACGGAGCUGAAGGACCGACAGAGGGGAAGAAUUUCAAUGAUGCGAUGAGUGGGAGUGGAAAGAAAAUCCGAGAUGUUGAUGGAGAUGAGAAUGAUGGCGCAGUAGCGGAGGAUGAGAGUGGUGCCGCUGAGAAGGGAGGUGAGAGUAAGGGGGGCGACAAGGGAAAGCCAGAAGCAAAACGGAAGGGUGCUGGUCAGGGGACAUUGGACGGACAUUUUAAGCGUGCGAAAAAGAAGUAA